AGUAUCGGGGCGCAGUCGCCAGUCGGCCGCGAGACCGCGCGCGCGCACCAUGGCCUCCCCCGACCCCCCGCUGCCCACCCACUAUAUUCAGAUCCUGGAGCCCGCCCAGGAACCGACGGGCACUCUUCGCGACCGCCUCAACCAAUUAAGUGCAUGUGAAAUUAAUACUAAAGUGACUUACGACGUGUGCUCGGUGUUGUCCCCGCCAAGGAAUAAGAUCCUGGAGCUUCUACGUCCUGAAGACCCGGGUCGGGAUGCGCUAGAGGCCAUCGUGAGACCCAUACCCCGGCGCGGCCUCACCCGGCCUCUGGAUGAAGACACGAAACGGUUCCUGCAUAGAGCACUGCAACCGCCCAGCACUUAUAGACCGGAGACUACGAAACAAGAGCCUAAAGUUGAAACGAAAACUUGCGAUUCGAACGCUGAACGAUCUCUCGCCGAAGAACUGAGAGAAGCAGAAGAAGAUGUAGGUAAAGAACGGAAACACUGGUUACGCGACUUCAGGAAACGCGGUGAAAGUUUCCGUGGAGCCGCAGAAAGAGAACAAAUGGGAAAGUUGGCUUUGUCAGUGGAAGAUGAUGAAGAGGAAGACGGGCUGUCUGCUGCCGCUAGGAAAAUCGACGCAUUAUUGGCUGAGUCGCGAGAGCUGCACGAGGAACUGGCGGGGAUCCAUGAAGACCUGCAGGUGCAAUCAGCGCGUGCGUGCCGCUGCGUGGCGGCUGCCCGCGCCUUGAACGACGAGUCCAGAGCUCUACGGUACCUGGACGAUGUGGUCGCACUGCUCAAGGGUGAUGUAGCCACGACCUUGAGAACCAGAGCCUGGCCCUUCGCUAUAGGCAGGAGACAGCCUGAUCGGAAUUAUAUUAUUUAAUCAAUGUCGUGCUGACACCUCAUUAGCUGGCCGGUAACGUCGAGAAAACAUUCAAGUCAACACACCAACAUUAUACUACAGUAUAACAUGGCCUUUUGACUAUACACGAUGUCAUAUAAAUUUUAUAGCAUAGUUAACACUUAGAACCAAUGUGCUUAGUGCGAGUGCGAGUUUUUUAACUUCUCGAUCACGUAAAAGUUAACUCAAAUUUGUAUGGAAUUGGAACAGCGCCCCUAGCGGCAAACGUAAAAAACUCGCACUAACCGAUCAAGGGAUAAUGUUUUAGCAUUGAACGGGUUUUGAACUUAUUAUUGAAGCACGGUGGAUCUGGUAGCCGCAUGUGAGUUCAAAUGCCAAUAACAUUUAGAGGAUACGCACAGUGACGGUCGCGUUCAUGGAAAGAUUCAUUAUCAUCUCUUAUAGAUAACGUUUGUUCGUUCAAAGCCUACACUAAGGCUUAAGAGGAUUUCAUAGAAAGGCAUAAAUGAUCACCAUUUUUUUCCCCAACACCAAAGUGGUAAUCGUCUUCCACACUUCCACCUCACACCACAAAGACAACAGGAUAUAGGUCUGCGCGGGUAAGUACCACCACCCUGCCUAUUUUUGCCGUGAAGCAGUAAUGCGUUUCGGUUUGAAGGGUGGGGCAACCGUUGUAGCUAUACUGAGUCCUUAGAACUCAUAUCUCAAGGUGGGUGGCGCAUUUACGUCGUAGAUGUCUAUGGGCUCCAGUAGCCACUUAACACCAGGUGGGCUGUGAGCUCGUCCACCCAUCUAUAGCAAUAAAAAAAUCAACCUAUUUGUGCCGCGAAUCGAAUCUUCCUUCAAAACUUUUGAUUUGGACUCGAUGGAUUAACAGCCUCAGCUUCAGGUGUUAAAUGGUUAUGGUAUAUCGUAUAUCGAGACCCACUUUGAAACAUGAGGUCAAAGUCUCAACUGUAUUUAAUAACGGCUAUUCCGCUGUAUUGAUGAGGAUGGUGAAAAAGAAACCACGCAUGACAGUUAUUUUUAAUCCUCUUUUGUAAUUACUUGUACUAGAGGUCCCGCAGUAGUCGAAAUUCGACUAUAAUUAAUAAACUUGGAAUUGUAAGUUUGUACACUAUUAUGAUUGUAUUUUAUACUUCUAUAAUCACAAAUUUCGCCAAGACUACACUAUAAAAAAUAUUAACAAUGACAAACAAUAUUUAAUCUAUUCUCAAUUUGACAACAGACGUCAAGAACAAAAGUUUGACAAUAAAUAGUAUGCAUGCGUGUGUGCGUCAAAUACAUGGUAUGUAGUGUGUGUUAUGUUUUCUUUAUUGAUUUAAUGUAUCUUUUAUGCAUUCUUUUAAAAAAAUAAUAGCAUUGUGCACUUCUUCUCUAUAUUCUCUAUAAUUGUGGAAAAUUUCAUACUCCUCCGUCCGAGCAAUUUUCGUAAAAAGGGAUACAAAGUUUUUGCUUCACGUAUUAAUAUAUAGAUAAUGUAACCUUCAAUGUGCUUUCCGCGUGUCAUCUAUACAGCACUCAUGUGCUAUAGAUAUAGCUUUGGUAGAACUGAUUCAAUGAAUACUGUAAAAUAUAAAUAUUGUAUACGCUAUUCUUAUUUGUAAUUUCUUGAAACGGAUCUCUCAGAAUCUUGAAGGUUAGUGAUUGUUUUAAGUACGUGUUAAAGGGGAUGGCCCAUUUUCGGCCCAAAGCGGACAAUAGAUUAUAGAAAAAAUACUUAGUGCAUUAAUUUUGUCAUAAAUAAAUAUGAAUUUACUUUCUUGCAAAUAAGCGCCACUAUAGUUUACAAUAAGUAGUUUAAAAAAAGUAACUCUAUUGAAAAAACAAGGAUUUUUAUUUUUGCGGGAAAAAUAUUGCCAGCUUCAAAUCCUUUUACGUAUGAAGUAAAUAUUUUGAAUAUAUAAAUAAAACAUAUAAAUAAAUUAUUUUAAGUAUUAUCAUUAAUCAAACGAUUUUAAUGGAUUUUAUGCACAUAAAAUAACAUCGAAGACAUACCCAUUGGACUUUAACUUGUAACUAUACUUGAGACCUUAGAACUUAUAUCUCAAGGUGGGUGGCGCAUUUACGUUGUAGAUGUAUGUGGGCUCGAGUAACCACUUAGCAACACCAGGGUGGCUGUGAGCUCGCCCACCCAUCUAAGCAAUAAAAAAAACUUUACUAGUAUUGUUAUUUAAAUAUGUACAACUAAAACAAAAACAUAAAAAAUAAUGUGUACUCGUAAAAAAAAGAUUAAGAUAUAAAUCAAUUAUCGGUUAUUUAAAAAAAUAAUCGAUAUAUGAAUUUCAUGUAAUUAUUUUUCUUUAUACUGACAACACUGAAUUUAAUUUGACUGACUGACACUUCGCUUGCUGCUUGUGGUGUUGUGCUUGCGUACAAAAUGGAUGUGUUUUGAUUUUUCUUCGAUUUAUUUUACUUUUAUCAAUAACGUUUCAUACUACGACUAAAAAAUAUUGUGUGAAUUGUGGUUUUACCCUGACCGAGAUUUAAAACCGUGUAUAUGCUCUCCUUUGCUAUUUUUAGAUGAUACUAAUUGUGUAUGAAGAUGAAGAAAAUAUAGAUAUUUAAAGAAUUAAGUGUGUUUUUAUACCCUAUUGGAUAAAAAUAAAUUAGGAACAUCUUAAACAUUAAGAAAAGAAAAGUUCUUGAAGUAUCUCACAAUCCGACACUUAUUUAUAUAGAAAAUUAACCUCAAAACGAGUUUAUAUUUUUAUUAUAUUUUUUAUAAUAGUGGCGUCAAUUUCAAUAUAUUUUUUAGCAAUCCAAUACAUUUAAGAAUUUGAAUCAGUACAUUUUUAUAGUAAUAUUUGAUGUCCAUCUUGGGCCUAGCACACUAUGGAGAGUGGGCAAUCCCCUUUAUAUUUUAAGUUUCAAUAAAAGUUUUAUAAACAUA